AUGCGCUAUGCAGUCUUCGUCACAGGCCCUGCCGGUGCAGGCAAAUCGACAUUCAGCACGGCCGUCAUGACCCAUCUACAAGCCUCAAAACGCACCGCCCACCUUGUUAACCUCGACCCCGCCGCCUCACCAGACAGCUUCGAGUAUUCGCCGUCUAUCGAUAUCAAAGACUUGAUCUCGCUAGAAGAUGUGAUGAAUGAGCUUGGUUAUGGACCAAAUGGUGGACUGGUGUACUGUUUCGAGUAUCUUUUACAAAAUAUGGAUUGGUUCGAGGAAGAGCUCGGAGAGUACGAGGACGACUAUCUCAUAAUAGACUGUCCUGGUCAGAUCGAGCUCUACACACACCAUCCAUUUCUACCCACGUUUGUAAAAACGUUAAACCGCCUCGGAGUACGGACUUGUGCCGUGUACUUGCUCGAGUCGCAGUUCAUGGAGGACAAAUAUAAGUUCUUCAGCGGUGUUCUCUCAGCCAUGUCCGCAAUGGUCAACCUCGAAAUCCCGUGGAUCAACAUCAUGUCGAAGAUGGAUCUAGUUAGCGGAACCUCAGAAGAUCCUGCAGGAGGUCGCAACGGGAUCCGAACAAGACGAAACAUUGCACGAUAUCUUGAGCCCGACCCUCUUCUGCUGGCAACACCACACGGGCAACGUGGCGAGGCCAACCCAGGCAACCCUCGAUUCCAUGCAUUGAAUCAAGCUAUCGUCCAACUUAUUGAAGACCACCCACUAGUAUCGUUCCUGCCCCUCGACCUGACGAACCCGGAUUCGAUAGAGAUUGUACUGAGCAACAUCGAUUAUACGAUGCAGUAUGGAGAGAGCGAGGAGCCGAAGGAGCCCCAUGAUCUCGACGAAGGCGACUUUGCAGACCUCGAAUAGGUUGGGCAUACCCCUUCCGGCGAUGCUAAAUUGAAUCGGGUUCUGUCGUCGGGGCAUGGCAGAGGCGAGGCGUGGCGUGGCGUGGCGUGGCACCACGACAGCUGUCCUCUGCUGACUGUCGCUAUGUGGGCGUCCGUUGGUGCGUGUGUGUGUACCUAUAGUAGGGUUCAGUCGGUGCCUUUUUAUAGCGCUACAGAAGAGAUUGCAGCUGUAUGUUUGAUUAAAU